AUGUCGGCCACGUUGGAAGUCACCAUCGGCCUCGUCGUGGCCGUCAACUCGGCGGUGCCUGUGGUGGCUAUCCUGCGGCGGCGCCAGCUCCGCGAGUCGACCAUGUACCGACUGCUGGCCAGCAUGGCCUCCGCCCAGGCGCUGGUGGGCGUCACCUCGGCCCUGCUGGGUACGCUGAAGCUGCUGCAGAUGUCGCCACCCGACUGGGCGUGCGCGACGCUACUGUUCUUGAGGUCGGCUGUCGGCGCAUCCACCGUCGUCGCGCUGCUGGCACUGAGUCUGGAGAGGUACGUCACGGUCGUGCACGGCCUGCGCUACUUCGACAUCAUCACCGACCGGCAGCGGCGGCUGCUGCUCGCCGCCUCCUGGCUCGUCGCGGCGCUUCUCUGGAUCUUUGGGAUGGCACUCCACAGGGCAUUCGGGGCGGACGACGGCGGCGUGUGCGACCACUGGGAGUCUAUUCCACCCACCUUCCGAAUAACCAUUUCCCUGUUCGUUCUUACAACCUACCUGCCCUGCUUGUGUAUCAACGUGUUCGUCGCCUUCGUGGCCUGGCGCCAGGAAAGAAGAAUUAGUCAAGAACGGGUAAGUGUACAGGACCAGACAACACGGAAGCUCUUCCGGCUGCAGGGCUACUAUGCCAUCGCGGUUCUAACGCUGAUGUUUCUCAUCUGCAUACUUCCGAACGUCGUAGCGAAUCUGACUCAGGCAUUGGGGCUAGCGGAAAUACCAACCUUGCACAAGACCACAUCCAGCCUCCGGCUCUUGAGCAUGGCUACCGAGGGCUGGGUUCUGACCAUCCUCUGCCCGAAGGUAAUGGACGAGUACAAGCGCACGCUCUGCCCGAUUCUCUGCGGAAAACGUCUUACUGCGCAGAAGUCCCCUGACGCCGACAGGGUGCCGAGGGCGCAUGUUGUGAACGUGUUUCAUCUCCGGGGUCUAGGACGGAACUCCGUUCUUCCUGAGAGCAUCCCGACUGAACCGAAGCCGCCAAGUCUGCUGAUGCCCCGCGUGAGUGUGCCGUGA